AUGAAUGGAAGCCAUGCAUCGCGCCAUCUUCUCCAAACAACACCGCCACAAAUCACAAACCCGAACAUGCCUAACAUCCCUAACUUCCCUCAGCAACCAAUUAUUCCAAAUUUACCUCAACAACCAAGUAUUCCGAAUUUACCUCAGCCCUCAACACAGAUACCUUCGAUUUCAAAUAAUCCAACCGUGAUUCCAGGGUUGAGUUUGCCUCCUAAUUUGGUUCAAGCAGUUACUUCCUUCUUGCAAAAUUUGCCAAAUACUCUUCAAAAUGCUCCUAAUAAUUAUCCUUUUAUCCCAUACAUUGCUCCUUCUCCAUCCAACUAA